ACCACCAUCACUAUUGCUUCAAGUUGCACAAGUUGUAGUGAAUGCAUAUUGCUUCACUUCCCACUCCAUUGCUUCACUUCCCACUCCAUUGCUUUUACAUUACCUAUCAACCCUUAUUCAAUUCAUCUUCUUCAUCAUGCAUUCCUCUCUCUCUCUCUCUCUUAAUUUUUUCCAUAAAAGUAACCAACCAAUCAACGCCCGCCAGUCUUAAAAUGCAACUCCUCUGACCUCGUUUUUUCAAACACUUGAAAACCUCUCUCUCUCUCUCUCGAUCUCGAUAUAUAUAUAUAUAGUAUACACACCUGUAUCUAGCUUCUCUUUUGCUUAUUGUGUUUCUUUGCUGAUUUCUCUCUUCUUCUUCUUCUUUCUCUGGUAGAGAUAAAUUAUAUGUAAAGAAAUGCAUACACAGAUUCCGUUUUCUCCUCUCUCUAUUUCUCUCUCGCCAUUCUUCAUUUGAAUUGCACAAAUAUCUGCAAAUACACAUAGCGAGUGUUUGUUGGUAGCUAUUUUUUUUUUCGCGCACAAACACGCACUGGGGGUGAAAUGUUGGAUCUGAACGUUGACGCCGCCUCCUCCGGCGACGAGGUGGACUGCGGCAAAGCGGAGGCAGCAGCCGAUUCGGUGGCGUCGACGACGACGACCUCCGCCACCAAUAAUGCCGCCGCCGACGAGGCCGAUUGCAGCAGCUGGAGUCGCGACAAAUCGGCGUCGACGCUCAAUUUCGCAAUCCUGAACAACGACGUGAUCGAGAUCGAGGACGACGCCGACAAUGACGCCGGGAACGAGCUGCAGCUCUUUCCGAUCGCCGAUUCGCCGCCAUCACGGUCGCCGGCGAUGGUUAGGGCGAAGUAUUGGCUGAAUCUGUCUGUGCCGGAGGCCGGCGGGUUGGAAUUGGGGGUGAAUAAGGCGGCGAGUACUCCUGUGCAGCCGCCGCCGCCGCCGCAAGCGAAGAAGAGCAGGCGUGGGCCCCGCUCCCGGAGCUCGCAGUAUCGAGGGGUUACCUUCUACCGUCGGACUGGAAGAUGGGAAUCGCAUAUUUGGGAUUGUGGCAAACAAGUAUAUUUGGGAGGGUUUGAUACAGCACAUGCUGCAGCUAGGGCGUAUGAUCGCGCUGCAAUCAAGUUUCGUGGACUCGAUGCUGACAUCAAUUUCACCACCAGUGAUUAUGAUGAGGAGAUGAAACAGAUGAAGGGUUUGACGAAGGAAGAGUUUGUUCACAUCCUGCGUCGCCAGAGCAAUGGGUUCGCCCGGGGCAGCUCCAAGUACAGAGGCGUAACCCUACACAAAUGCGGCCGUUGGGAGGCAAGGAUGGGCCAAUUCCUUGGAAAAAAGGCUUAUGAUAAAGCAGCCAUCAAAUCUAAUGGGAGAGAAGCCAUCACAAACUUUGAGCUUAGUAACUAUGAAUUUAAUUCUGGAAAUGGAGGUAACGGCAGCAGUCUUGAUCUCAACCUCGGGAUGUCUUUAUCUUGCGAAGGUCAACAGGGGAACGAGGCUACCAGAAAUCCACACUUUCCUGUUCAGUCGAGCGAAUUGCCUGAUGGGAAGAGGUUAAAGGUCGAGCCGAGCUCUGCCCCUCAAGAACUAAUGCAGAUGUAUCCUCCCAUGUGGGCUUCCAUCUAUUCUGGUUCUGCCCCAAACAAUAAGGAAUUAGCUUCAUUAGCAAGUGGUGAAGCUGUUCCUUUGCCUGGAUAUAGCUCAAACUGGCAAUGGAAAAUGCCGAGCCACGGUAUGGCCACCCCUGUCCCCAUGUCGGCUUCUUCUGCAGCAUCAUCAGGAUUCUCUCCCGCGACUUCUCCGUACUUCACUUCAGCCGUGCCAUUGACAAAUCGUGCACAAUUUCCUUCAACGGCUUUCCACAGCCUCCAGUGACCCUUGCAAGUCCCAAUUACAACACUGAGAAGCAUCAUCAGUGACAGGAAUGGAACGGCAUCGUUUUAGUCCGUUUGAGAUUUGGCUAGCAAAAGAAGCCAUGCCAACCGGGGUUAUUCGUCUCAGCAGCCAUACACGUAUAACAGAAGUAAUAGAUUGACCAAAUUAUAUGAUGUGUAUAUUUGGAACAAUGCUCAUUAGGAUUCUGCAGAGUCUGAAUAUUGUGUAGAUUCUUUACUUGAAAGAAUAAUUUGAUUGCUAUUCACAACCCAUUAUGAACUCUUCAAAGUUCAAAAUAUUGGAUCAGCUCAAGACUUCAUUGUUUUGUUCUA